AUGGAAGAAGAAAAGCACGUGAAGUACCGGUACCUGGGGAUCUACAUAGACCGCAACAUGAAGUGGGGAACGCAUAUCGAUCACGUGCUGCGGAAAGUUAACUACGGCAUCGCAAUGAUUAACUGUGCAAAAGACGGCCUGGAUCUGCCCCAGCUGUACGACCGUUGGAAGCAGUCUGAAGCAGUAUGGUUGUACAAGAUCUACAACCACGAAGCGUACCGUCCACCGAAGUAUUUGGUCGAGAUGAUUGACUUCACGGAUGUUACAUCGCGGUACAAUCUCCGGAAGCCGAAAAGAAUCGAAGCCUCAGCGAAAAAGAAGAUCGGAGAAAGCACCCUGGCUAUCCGACUGAAGGACAUCUUUGAGCGCAUACAGAAUGUUAACAUGCAGAUACUCAGUGUUGAUGGCGACAACCGGACCAACACGCUGCCCGACCUUCGGACCGAACUGCUGGCCAUGGUAUCAGUUUUCACAAUAAUCGCGGUCAUCGGCGUCGUCUUAUCAGCGACGCUGUUUUUCACGAUCAUUUUGCGCUCGCAGCUGCUGACCGGCUCCGGCAUCCUCAUCGCCCACCAGCAGCUUAUGCACAUCCUGCUGAGCGGCCUCAGCAACCCCUUCUACAUUGUCGUCGGGUGGGCCGUAUGGCUGGGACUCCCACUCACCGGUAUCAACUGCACGAUCGUGUAUUUUGUGUGCCAGGUAAUUAUCUGCGGCGAAACAUGGACGUCCUUGUUCUUAGCGGUGAAUCGCUUUAUCGCUCUCCUCUGUCCCCAUCACUACCGCAGCAUAUCCUCGACUAAAGCCAUUGUCGGCUUUAUAAUUGCAGCCUGGUGUAUCAGCGUGGCAAUCAACAUUCCUGCACUCUUGGGAAUCGGUAGUUUGUUUGGACUGAAGCAGGUGGAUUGCGGAUUUAUAAGAAUUACUAAUCCCCGCCUUUUCGAUGCUGUCGGUGCGUUAACUGUGCACCUUCCACUGGCGCUGCAAGCUGUGUUAUACGGGAUUAUUCUGGCCAGUCAUUGCCGGAAGGAUACUGAAACGCAGGCGGUUGCUGCGUAUAAAAAGCGCUUUGUAUUGUUUCGACUGCUGCUGUUCUCAUAUAUCUGGUAUGUGGCCAGCUACCUGCCGUUCUUAAUUGCCGUACACGGGUUUCCGCGCUUCUUCUUCGGUAAUAAAGUCCGCAGCGGUUGGUUCCUCGUUUCACAGCAGAUCGGUUACACCGGAAGUCCGGUGUUCUUGCUGCUGAUGAACAAAGAAUUUGGGAGAACAGCAAAACAUUGUAUUGCACGUAUGGCUUGGAAAACGAGUUCGGUGUCUGUAGCGCCCAGGUCGACCCGGAAACCAUCCAAUCUGAUAUCUCACAUACGCUAACUGCCGACUGUUUUGUUUAUUGUUAUACAC